AUUUGAAAGGAAAAUAAUACGUAUGAAUAAUAAGUACGAAAGUCAUGUUGCCUGGACAACCAGAUGAUAAUGACAACUGAUAUAUUGAUGACAUGGGGAAUUUUUAUAGCGUAUGAAGUGCAGCUGUGCCUAGCUGACUAAAACUUGACUUUUUAAUACGUCUCGCACAUACAGGCAAAAGAAAAGCUAAGGUACAGGGACGCUCUGUCAAAUCGACAGAGUUCUUCGACUCGGUUUCUCAAGCGUUCUUGGACUUUACAAACUUUGCGUGAGGUGACCAUGGAGACGAACAUAACAAAUAUGGGGCAGUGCUUAUUUCUUAGUGACGUCAUGGCCGUACCAGAAGGGCCAACCUACGUCACUACAAUCUUCACGUGCCUCCUUAACUCCGUCUUCUCUAUAACGGCCACUGUCGCUAACUCAGUCAUUUUGUGGAUCAUUAUAAAAGAUCCGAACCUCCAUAAUCCGGUCAACAGUUUCUUAUCCUGCCUAGCACUCUCGGACUUGGUUAUAGGAGCUGUGACGCAGCCUGCAUACGUGGUGUAUAAGAUCGCGGAGCUGCUGGUGGCGAGGAAGGUGUCAUGUGCCGCUCGAGUCGUGCACUGGGUCUUUGGGUGGAUCUGCGCGGGGGUGUCCAUGUUUACAAUCACCGCUAUAGCGAUGGAGCGCUUCUUGAAACUUCACUUGCACUUGCGUUACAUGACGGUUGUGACAAAUAAAAGAGCGUUACAAGUGACAGUGGCAUUUUGGCUUGUGAGCAUAGCUAUUAUACUGUCAUUAUUUGCCAUCAGGUCGGAUCGGUAUUGGACGUUUGUCCCUGCGCCAAUCAUGCUACUGAACUUGGUCAUCACCCUGACAUCCUACUGGAAGAUCUUCCGCAUUUUGGAAAAGCACCGCGCCCAGAUACGCACCCAGCUGCAGCCUGUCAGUCACGCAGGUCUCAACAUGAAGCGUUACCAAAAGUCUACCGUAACAGCAGUGUCUAUUCUUGGUCUGCUAUUAUUCUGUUACGUCCCUUUCUUUUGCGCAAUGGUCACUCGUGUCAUCGUGGGUUACACCACUCCAGUGAAGAUUGCCUAUGAGUGCGGGGCGACCUUUGUUUAUCUGAACUCUACGCUCAACCCCGCGCUUUACUGGCGCAGAAUCCCGGAUAUUAGACGCGCCGUCGUUCAGUUUGCCCAGCGUUCAGGGUGUUUCUGUUGCACAUGCGUGACAGUGGUAUCUACCCCCGAUAAUUCUGUUGUCGUGUCACGCACUUGGGAUGUGCGGAAAAGCAGUGCGUUUGUAUUUGAAGAACGGUCAACGACGAGAGAGCUGAAUCUAUUGGCGCUGUAAAGAUAGUACAAUAAAUUCAUGAUGGCUUAAACAUUGGAGCACAAGAGGAACCUUAUCUCAAAGGCUCAAGUUGUAUAGAGCAACGCCAUAAAA